AUGGCGCCCGCUGCAUCUCUUGUUUGCGCCCGCCUGCCUUGGUGGAGAUUGCGGCCGUCUGUUCCCUUCGCCUUACGGCGGGGUUAUUCGGCGAAGAGUGUGGAUGACACGAUAAACGGGCUGAACCCGGAGCAAAAACAGCUCCGAGAAACCAUGUUCAAAUUCGUUCAGGAACAUUUAGCCCCCAAAGCCCAUGAAAUUGAUCAAACCAAUGAGUUCCCGGACCUUCGGGUAAGUCCAGAAUUUUGUUCUAUAUCUUCACUUCCUCUCGGAGGAAGACUUGGGAAGAAGAAGCAAAAUCUCCUUUUCUCUUUGCAGAAAUUCUGGAAGCAACUGGGAAACCUAGGAGUGUUAGGCAUCACAGCCCCCGCACAGUAUGGUGGCUCUGACUUGGGCUAUCUGGACCACGUAAUAGUGAUGGAGGAGAUCUCCCGAGCCUCUGCAGCUAUUGGGCUUAGUUACGGAGCCCACUCUAACCUCUGUGUCAAUCAGCUUGUACGAAAUGGAAAUGAAGCCCAAAAGGAGAAAUACCUCCCCAAGCUCAUCAGUGGGGAACACAUUGGAGCUUUGGCCAUGAGUGAACCCAAUGCUGGUUCUGAUGUUGUGUCCAUGAAACUGAAAGCUGAAAAGAAGGGGGAUUACUACAUCCUGAAUGGCACAAAAUUUUGGAUCACCAAUGGGCCUGAUGCUGAUGUCCUCAUUGUCUAUGCCAAGACGGAUCCGGUUGCUGUGCCAGUUUCUCGGGGUAUCACAGCCUUCAUUGUGGAGAAGAACAUGCCUGGAUUUAGCACAUGCAAGAAACUGGACAAGCUGGGAAUGAGGGGCUCUAACACCUGUGAGCUGAUCUUUGAAAACUGCAAGGUCCCUGUCUCCAACAUCCUGGGUCACCUGAGUAAGGGUGUCUAUGUGCUGAUGAGCGGACUGGAUCUGGAGCGCUUGGUGCUGGCUGGUGGGCCCCUGGGGAUCAUGCAAGCUGUCCUGGAUCACACCAUCCCCUACCUGCAUGUGAGGGAAGCCUUUGGCCAAAAGAUCGGCCAUUUUCAACUGAUGCAGGGGAAGAUGGCAGAUAUGUACACCCGCCUCACAACCAGCCGUCAGUACGUCUAUAAUGUUGCCAAAGCUUGUGAUGAAGGGCAUCACACUCCCAAGGACUGUGCAGGUGUGAUCCUCUAUGCAGCAGAAUCAGCUACACAAGUGGCUCUGGAUGGCAUCCAGUGCCUGGGUGGCAAUGGAUAUAUUAACGAUUUCCCUAUGGGACGCUUUCUUCGAGAUGCCAAACUAUAUGAAAUUGGGGCCGGGACAAGUGAGAUUCGGAGGCUAGUCAUUGGCCGGGCCUUCAAUGAAGACUUCAAGUAACCCCAAAAAGUCUGUCCCCCUCCCCAACAGAGCAGCCAAAGUACUUUCUAUGGCAAGCUGGGUCAUCACAGCUUUCCCACACCCUGGAGCAGCAAAAGGCCAGUCUCACUGCUUGGUCUACCUACCUGGCUGGAGCUCAGCCUCAGGCAGGGCUUCCUGAGACAUGUCCACUGGGGAUGAUGACUCCUUGGCGGAGGGCAUCCUGGAGGAGGCCUUGACUUAGCUUUGGUAUCAGCCACUGGAGUUUUCCUAGGCUUAAGGCUUGCAGUUGGCUUGAUACACAAACUGAAUCAACUUGUGCUGGCACUGCUGGAAAAGGAUCUUGGGAUUAUCCUAGGGCAGACCACUGCCCCACUCCCCUCUCCCCAGCAGUUCUGUAUUUCUAUGUUUCCCUCCAGCCAGAGAGGGGCCUGGCUGCCUGGGGGAGGAUCAUCCUCAAAGGUUUUCUCACAGAGGGAUUUUUUCUCUCCAAAAGAGAAGAUUGCCACUUGGGCUCCUCAGCCUUACAAUUCCUCUGUCUCUGUCUGUCUGUCUCUGUCUGUCUGUCUAUCUGAGGAGCAGAUAUAAUUGCUCCAACAGUUGCUGAGUUUUUCUUAGCUUUCUCUCUUCUUUUUUAAAUUGCUGCUUCUAUAUUCAGUCCAUCUGUACAUACUCGACAAUGGCCUCCAGCCUUUCUUCCUCCAUGGGACUCACCUGUGGUCAGAGGUGAGCAUAUCUGCCCUAUUUAACUAAAAAUGUGCAAUGAAGCUAUUGAUCAGUCACAUAAAUUCCUCCUGAAAAUCA